UAUGUUGUAUGUUACUUUGGUUUAUGUUAUUUGUAGUCUUAGCUUUGCAUAGUGUCUAGCUUGUGGUGGUGAAUGUUGAUUGUAUGAUGCUUUGAUUUAUGUUUCCUCUACUCUUAUUAGCUUUGCAUAUUUUUCUGCUGUUGAAACAUUAUUAUGUGUUUGCGCCAUUUAUAUUACCUCUUGCUAUAGCUAUAUGUUCGUGUGUAUUUAUUUAAUUUUGUUAUAAUUUAUUGCGUGCUGAUUUAUUCGGUAUUUACAACAGUUGGAUUUUGAAAGACAUUAAUGGCGAACGCACUAUAUAAACAAUUUUUUCUUCAGUGACCAUAGCCACCGUUAUGACAAUAUUAGAUGACGAUGAUGAAUCUUUCGAGGCUAUGAUGCUACUUGAGUUAGAAUCUGAACCAGUUGCAAAUAGAGUACCCAGACAAAGGUAUAGGACUCGGCCGUUUACCGGACAUCAAAUGUUGUGUGAUAUUUUGUCUGGUCAUCAUGAACGCUGUUGCCAUCACUUUCGUAUGAGUGCAACUACAUUUAUUGCACUCCGCGAUGCUUUAGUCGAGAGGGGGUUGAUAAGUAGCACAAGAAAUAUGAGUGCUGAUGAGCAGUUAGGCAUAUUUCUAUAUGGCGUAGGGCAUGGCGUGGCAAACCGAAUUUUGGCGGAAACAUUCCAACAUUUCGGAGAAACCAUCAGUAGGCAUUUUAACAAUGUUGUACGCGGCAUUGUGAGGCUAAAAGAUGACUGCAUAAUGUUGCCGUCAAGUAAUGCUGCCGUGCAUCCAAGGAUUCGGGAUAAUCCAAAUUUCCAUCCUUUCAAGAAUGCUAUUGGUGCGAUCGACGGAACACAUAUUCCAGUAGUGGUCAGAAGGAGCAAACAAGCACCAUUUCGAUGUCGAAAAGGGUUUACCUCACAAAAUAUGAUGGUUGGGUGUCAUUUGAUCUAAAUUUUUUAUUUGUAUGCACAGGGUGGGAAGGCUCUGCUGCCGAUAUGAGAGUACUUCGAUGGGCGUGCGAAUUAGGUGGUUUCGUUGUUCCCGAAAGUAGUGUUGCUAAUAAUUUUUCUAUUAAUUAAAAUAUAUAUGAACACUAUUCUAGAUAAUUCCUGUAUACUUAUGACAUUUGGUAAUUAUAUUAUUUGCAGGCAAGUAUUAUUUAGUAGACUCGGGAUAUGCAAAUACAGAAAAAUUUCUUGCACCCUAUAGAAGAGAGCGUUACCAUAUUAGUCAAUUUGACGCUAGCACACGGGCCCGCAUUCAUCGAAAUCCACGAGAUUUGUAUAACCACCGGCAUGCUCAAUUAAGAAAUGUAGUUGAGAGGACAUUUGGCAUUUUGAAGAAGCGUUUCAAAAUUCUAAAUGUAGCAACACCGUUUCCGUAGAAAGUUUAAUGCUUGAUUGCUA